AUUAAGAUCAACUUAAAAAUUAGAGUGCAAGCAAAACGAUACGGCCCAACUUUUUUUCUUCCUUUUCUGGUCAUUUGGGUUACAUUUUUCUGACCGUCAACACUUUCACAAUUGCGACGAUUUGAGCUUCAAGAUUCACACUCGCUAACAAUCCGCAAAAACUGAGUUAAAAUCAUCCAUUUUUCGCAAAAGCUUCGUACAUUUUUCUGGGUUUGUUGGUGAAUUAAAUGGGUUAUAUACAAGAAGCUAGAGAAAAUCAUGUUAAGAAGAAGGUUGAAGAAGCUUUACGCAGCAAAAUGAAGCAGAAGGCAUUAAAAGAAUGUGAUGAUUAUGCUGCAAAGUAUGCUGAAUGUGCUUAUGGAAGGACUCUAUCUGUUGUUUGGAAGUGUAGGCAACAAGCUAAGGAGUUGAAUAGUUGCCUUCAUCAAUAUACCAACGACAGUAUUCUAGAAGGAUUGAAGAAAGAGUACAUGCACCAGCAGGAGGCCGAGAGCUCUGCCCGCGUUUGAGUUUGUGGUGUGAGAUUAUUCAAAUUAAACCAAGGAGCCACUGAGCAAAAGUGCAGUGGUUGGACGUUGUGUAACCUUUGUUGGAAUUUCACUGACUGCACAGCUACAUGCAUCUUUUUUCACAGCUUCUUCCACUGUUAUACGCCAAAACAGAGUGAAAUUGUGAUAACUGCAUGCUCUGCUAUUUAAUUUCUGCUGUAACUAUGCACUCUUGACUUGUAGGAAUUUUGACAAUUAUGCAUUGUAGUCUAAAUGCACCGGCAUAAAACCCAGGUUGAACUUGGGAAUAGAUAAAUAAUUGGCCCAAAAUUAAUUCAA